AUGAAGGCCUAUACUAAUGCUAGGCUCCUAAUGCUGGGCCUUGCCGCUUUGGCAAAUGCCCAUACUACCUUUACUACCCUCUACGUCGAUCGCAAGAGCCAAGGAGAUGGCACUUGUGUUCGUAUGCCGUACGAUGGGGAGACGGCAACCUUUCCAAUUAAAUCUGUAGUCUCUGAAGACAUGGUCUGCGGCCGCAAUGGCACCGAGCCUGUUCCCUUUGUCUGCCCUACAAAGAAAGGGUCGCUGCUCACGUUCGAGUUUCGCCUCUGGCCUGAUGCUCAGAAGCCGGGCAGCAUUGAUCCAGGCCACCUGGGUCCAUGUGCCGUCUAUCUCAAGAAAGUCGACAACAUGUUGACAGACUCGGCCUCUGGUGACGGAUGGUUCAAGAUCUGGGAAGACGGCUACAACCCGGAGACGCAAAAGUGGUGCGUUGAUACCCUCGUCGAGAAGAAUGGUCUGCUGUCCGUCAAUCUCCCCCAGGGGCUGCCGGCGGGAUACUAUCUCGUGCGACCUGAGAUUCUGGCUCUGCACUGGGCCGCUCAUCGCAACGACCCGCAGUACUACCUGGGCUGCGCACAAAUCUUCCUCGACAGCGACGUCAAAGGUGCGCUCGAUGUCCCCAAGGAGCAUCUCGCCACCAUCCCUGGCUAUGUCGAUCUCGACACGCCAGGGCUCACCUUUGACGUCUACCAAGACGAUAUUGAAUAUUACCCCAUUCCCGGCCCCAAGGUCUUCACGCCCGACAACUCGCAUUUGUCGGCCAACGUGGAUUCCAAAGCAGAGCCCAUGGUCCAGACCGUCGGUCUCAUCCCCCAAGACUGCCUCUUCAAGAGUGCCAACUGGUGCGGCAAGCCCAUGGCGCCGUACUCGGACAGUGCUUUGUGCUGGGAAGCCGUCAAGAACUGCUACGCGCAGAGCAAGGAGUGCAAGAAGAGCUCGCCGCCGGUUGGGCUGAAGAACUGCGACUUGUGGAGUGCGUACUGCGAGAAGCUUGACAAGCCCUGCACGCAGAAUCUGUUCGAGGGGCCGCCGGCUUUUGAGGCAAAGGAGGUGGUUUUGCCGCCGCCGGGAGAGCUGCCGGCCAUGUGGAACAAUGUGUUUGAGAAGAAGGAGGAGUGA